AUGCCCGGCGUUCUCCGGUCUUCCAUAGAUGUCGACGAUGGACCUGGCAGCCCCGCGGUAGAUAUCAAGACACGCGAUGCCUCCGAGUCCAAAUUCAAAAAUGGAGCGCACGCAAUCGCACAGCCUGCGCGUCGGGUCCAUCCCACCAAGUUCGUGAAGCAAGAGAUCUCGUUUCGAGACUUGUGGGCACGGCAUAUAGUACAGCGCGGCAUUCUAAGUGAAAUCAAGGGCAAAGGCCUACAACUCGGAGGUAUUGAUUGGCACCUUCCCGGAAACACGCCCACGUCGAGUCGAUAUCCUACGCUUCCUUAUCUCCCACGACCGUCGCACACCCUCCGUUCUAUGUGUCGAGACCGCGCGAAUGGCAAUGGCACGGCGCCGAUUCGGUUAUGUAUUAUUGGGGCUGGGAUCUCGGGACUAUAUUUGGCUAUGCUCCUGGAAGAGCUGGGACUGCCCGAGGUCACGUAUGAAAUUCUGGAAUCGAGCGACAGAGUCGGUGGUCGAGUAUUUACACAUCGAUUUGGGCCCGGGGCCAGUGAUUACUAUGAUAUUGGUGCAAUGCGGUUUCCAAAGAGUUGUUGUGUCAACAGGACAAUCAUCGAAGGAGCAGAGCGAAUUCUUGAGCGAGCAUUUGAACCAUUCAUCAGCCGACUUGUGACGGACUUUUAUGACGGACUUGAGUAUCUGAUGAAAUUCGAUCAUCUUAGCACGGGAGAAUAUUUACGGCGAGAGUUUCAAUCCACGUCCGAGAUCUUGACAAUCGCUCACUCGAUUGGCAGUGCAUCUGGAAAUUUCAACCAGUCAUUCACAGAGGCCAUCUUGGACGCCGUGGAUUUCAGCUACCCAACUGGGCCGGGCGGCUCUAUUGAAUGGUACUCGGUGGCGGGCGGGACAUCAGAAGUGAUUAAAAGCAUGGAGAGCAGGAUCUCUCCUCAGCCUGUUCUUGGGGCGCGCGUCAAGUCGAUUUCCUACGCCAAACACACCACAUAUCCUAUGGCUGUGCAGGUGGAUGGCGAGUCCAGUCCCAGGGAAUACUCGGCCGUCUUCAACACAGCCAGUCUCGCGUGUAUGCGCCGCAUGGACCUGACCAGGGCGAAACUCCGGCCGGAUCAGCGAGCCGCCGUGCAAAGCGUCCACUACGAUGCCUCGACCAAAGUCGCAGUCCGAUUCCGAACACCUUGGUGGAGAAUAUUCUGCAAGAUCAACGGGGGACAAGCAUCGACCGAUCUCCCCAUCCGCACUUGCGUCUACCCCAAUCUAACCAGCGCAGACACUGAGCCGGCCGUGCUGCUAUGCUCAUAUACCUGGGCACAGGAUGCCCAGCAAAUGGCAUCGCUGGUGAACCAAGACUCCAAGCAAUCAAGAGCAGAGUUAGAGCAGCUCCUCGUCCACAAUCUGGCUCUCCUCCACCAGGAAUACCCCGACGAUUCCGGAACACCAUUUGGCUACGACCGAAUGCGCUCGAUCAUCCAGCAAGAAUACGAUUGUCACCACGGCUAUGACUGGUAUAAUAACCCCGGGACCUCGGGCGCAUUCGCGUUCUUCGGGCCAGGCGAGUUCCAUAAUUUCUAUCCCGCGCUCGUACGGCCUGCAUCAGACGGCCAUCUGUUCCUGGUCGGCGAGGCGUGCAGUGCAAACCACGCGUGGGUGUCUGGAGCCCUCAAAAGCGCCUAUCGAGCGCUGAACCAACUCCUGCACAAACUCACGCUGCACGGCCAAGUUCCUCCCGAUACGCUGCAGCGACUGCGGGAUCGCUGGGGUGAGCUCGAAGAAAUCUCGCCCGAAGUGCUGGAAUGGCAGGCCCUGUUGGCCGAGCACCUGGAUUGA